UGACCGCAGGGGCCAAAUCAAAACAACGUCAUCACAUCCACCAACUUGUUACAGUGCCGAGACCAUCACAACACCCUGCUGGACACAUAUAAGACUCUUUCCUGAAAGCAAACUCGCAUCCAGGGAAAAGGAGGUUACAUUUUCAUAAUUCUCUGUCAGCCUCUGAAUCUGAGUGAGCUUAAGCGAUAUGACCUCAAAUGAAGAGGACAAAGAUCCUGAUAUUGAGCUUUUUGUGAAGGCUGGCAGUGAUGGUGAAAGUAUUGGAAACUGUCCUUUCUCUCAGAGGCUUUUUAUGAUCCUGUGGCUAAAGGGAGUCGUGUUCAACGUCACCACUGUCGAUCUGAAAAGGAAACCAGCUGAUCUCCAUAAUCUCGCUCCUGGAACUCCCCCACCAUUCCUUACCUUCAAUGGAGAGGUGCGGACAGACAUCAACAAAAUCGAGGAAUUCUUGGAAGAGAUGCUAGCACCUCCCAAGUAUCCAAAACUGGCUGCAAAGAACAAGGAGUCAAAUACAGCAGGAAAUGACAUCUUUGCAAAGUUCUCAGCCUACGUCAAGAACACAAAGCCAGAAGCCAAUGCAAGUCUGGAGAAGGGGCUACUGAAAGCUCUGAAGAAACUGGACAACUUCCUUAACUCCUCUCUCCCGGACGAGAUUGAUGCCAAUGGUACGGGGGAGGAGAAGUGCUCCAACCGCAAGUACUUGGACGGCAAUGAAUUAACGCUUGCAGACUGCAACCUCCUUCCUAAACUGCACGUAGUGAAGGUGGUUUCCAAGAAAUACCGUAACUUUGACAUUCCAUCAGAGUUUAGUGGAGUUUGGAGGUACCUGCAGAAUGCCUAUGCACGUGAUGAAUUCACCAACACCUGUGCGGCAGACAGAGAGAUUGAACUGGCCUAUCAGGACGUGGCCAAGCGACUGGGCAAAUGAACACCAACCAAGCAGUGUGACUCUAAUAAUCAUAUGCAAAACUGGUGAAAGAGAAAAUGAUUUUUCUUCAGCAGUUCUUGAGCAGAAUUUGCCAUAUUGGCUCAGUCCUGCAAUAUUCUUAACUGUUGCCUGCUCUCGUCAUGCUUGUGUGUAUACUUCCAUUACUAUUGCCAUUAUGUUUACUGUCUGUAAGUGACAUAAACUGCUCUAUUAGUGUCACUAUCUUUGACGGACUAGAAAAAACACUGUGCCACUGUUUCUCUACAACUUGUCAGAGUUGGAUGGUGAUUCUCUUUGUUUAAAGUCAAAUUCUUGCUGCAAAGCCCUUUACGUUUUUGUGUUGCAUAGAUUAUUUUUGCUAGUUUGUGAAACAGUAGCCUAAUAUAAAUGUGUGCUUUAUCUGAAAGUAUGAUAUUUAACUUUAGUAUUUAUUAUGGUUAAUGUUUGUGAAUUUCUGAAGGAGAAAAAAAAAAGUAAAAAUGAAAGAAUUAAAUUUCUUUCGAUUGGCUUGAAAAUAAUUCUAUUUAAGCACACAGCCCCACCUAGUGGUAAAAUUAAUGAAGCUGAGCUAUUUAAAUUGGCCUAAUUCUGCAGCUGAUAUACAAAUACUGACACAAAAUGUAUACAUAGUAUUUAAGAUUAAUCUUUUUCUAUAAUCAAAUCAAAGCCAUCACACAAAAUAGGCACACGUUUAGGUCUCAGGUAUCUCUGCCCUGUCUGGAAUUUUCAUAUAUCAACUCAAUAAUUAUGGUCUCUUAUUAAAUAUAUAUUUUUUUAUAAA